AUGUUCCACUACACCUCUACCACCACCAAGGUACCGCUACAUCUCUUUAACUCACACCUGUAUAACCUCCACGACAUGUUCCACUACACCUCUACCACCACCAAGGUUACCUCACAUCUCUUUAACUCACACCUGUAUAACCUCCACGACAUGUUCCACUACACCUCUACCACCACCAAGGUCCCCCCGUCCGAGACGACCCAGAACGCCCUGUCCACUAAGAAGACGUGGCCCUUCAACACCAAGCGGCCCCCCAUGUCCCCGGCCUACAACAACGAGGAUAAUGAGGCGUGGAACGGAGACGAGGAGACCGGCCCGUUGGUCAUAGAGAACCCCAGGGACUACUCUACGGAGCUCAGCGUCACCAUCGCCGUGGGAGCCUCGCUGCUCUUCCUCAACGUUCUAGCCUUCGCAGCGCUUUACUACCGGAAGGAUAAACGGAGGGAGGCRURGGSAGGUCGCCGCGGUCAACCCAGCCCACAGACCCGCCACGGCCAGGCUACGUCCAACGACAUCYGRCACCACCAGSGUCCCAACGAGGAGGAGAUCAUGUCCCUGCAGAUCAACCAGACGCACCACGAGUGUGAGGCGAUGGGGGUGGGGAACCCGGGGAAUGACGYYGGGCUGCGUCUGGCCUCGCUUCCCGACUACACUCUGACCCUGCGGAGGUCACCGGARGACAUCCCUCUGAUGACCCCCAAUACCAUCACCAUGAUCCCAAACUCUCUUGUGGGGAUGCCCAACCUGCACCCUUACAACACUUUCACAGCCGGGUUCAACUCCACCGGCCUGCCCCACUCCCACUCCACCACCCGGGUAUAGCUUUACGGAGGAGAGGGAUGGUGGAGGAGAGGAGAGAGAGGGUGAUGGAGCAGGAGAAGAGGAUUCUGUUUUAUAAAUAUCA